GACGCUUCUCAGAACUGGCCGGCUGGAUUAACUUUUCGUUUCUCAUUCAAGGAAUUGGAAAAUGCUACAAACAAUUUCAGUACGAAGCUUGGCAGCGGGGGAUUCGGAUCUGUUUAUAAAGGCGUUCUGUCUGAUGGCACAAAGAUUGCAGUGAAGCGACUGGACAGAGCAGGGCAAGGAACAAAAGAGUUUAAAGCAGAGGUAGAAACGGUAGGCAGUAUUCAUCAUCUUAAUUUGGUAAGACUGAAAGGUUUUUGUGCUUAGAAAUCCCAUAGAAUGCUUGUCUACGAGUAUCUACCAAAUGGGUCUCUUGAGAAAUGGAUAUUUCCCAAUCAUUCCGAUCAAUUUGUGCUGGAUUGGAAGACCAGAUCCAAAGUAGUUCUUCAUAUAGCGCGGAGAUUGGCCUACUUACAUGAAGAGUGUGAACAGAGAAUUAUUCAUUUCGUCAUCAAACCCCAAAACAUUCUCCUGGAUGAGCAUUUCAAUGCCAAGGUCUCAGAUUUUGGGCUUGCAAAGUUGACUAACAGAGAGCAAAGUAAAGUGAUAACUAUGUUGAGAGGAACACCUGGUUAUAUGGCUCCUGAAUUGUUGAAUAUGCAUAUUACAGAGAAGGCAGAUAUAUAUAGCUUUGGUGUUAUGUUGGUUGAAAUUGUGAGCGGAAAAAGAAGCAGAGAGCUUACUGAGUUUCGCUUAUUCUCAGUAUUACAGAUGAAAGCCGAAGAAGGGAGAUUGACAGAUUUGCUAGACUCAAGGCUUCAAGAUGAAGCGGAUGUUGUAAAGGAAGAGGCAACCAAAAUGUUAGGAGUGGGGAUGUUGUGUAUACAGGAUGAUUUUAUGAGCAGGCCUGCGAUGUCAACUGUAAUAAGGGCAUUGGAGGGGACGGUAGAGUUGGGUAGUUUCCCUUUUCCUUCCUUCCCUGCUUCGAACCACUCAGUCCCGCUCUUAUCUGAACUCUCGUACACCGCAGAGUCUUCAACAUUAGCUGGAAGAUGAUUCUAUAUUUCCUCUUUCAUACCUGUGAAUUUUGAUUGAUUCGAUUCUGGAUAUAUUGUUUACUAGUAGUAGGAACUCUUCUAUUAUUGUACUCGAUAAAUUAUCAUUUACGAUUACAUGAAGAAACUACUAACUAGCAUAU